ACGCAGGGCACCGCCGCAGACUGGUGAACGCGCUGGAAGGAUGUCGGCACGCGCCGUGAGGAGCAUCGUGGCGUGGUGCGCGCUGGUGGCAACCGGCGCGCCUCUCAGCACAGUAGUUGCGAGCAUCGCAUGCCACAAACCGGCAGACAUCGUGCACGGGAGCUGGAGCUGGGUAAACAACACCACCGUCGCGUACUCGUGUCAGCUUGGAUCCCUGCUGGGAGGCCCGGUCACGCGCACGUGCAAGUCAGGCAAGUGGUACCCGACCUACCCGCCCCAAUGCACGGUCGUGUGCCAGCGUCCUCCCGUCGACUCAAACGCCGACAUGAGCGUGCUGGCGUGGGAGAAGACGUACUUCACCUCCAGGGAGACCGUGAAGUUCACCUGCCAUGAUCGAAAUGAGUACACGCUCUUAUGCGACAGGGGCAGGUGGCGGACGAUUGGCAGAUUCCGAAGGUGCAAAGACUCCCAAGAUGAAUUCAAUGCAUCCUUGCUACGAUACCUGGAGUGGCUCUUAGGAUUUGGAAAAAGGCGAAAUUCACUCGAAGUGAACUGUGGGACUCUGACCGUAGCCAAUGCUGUUUGCACUCAAGAAAAAGUGGCCAAAUGCAGCUGCAAUGACGGAUACGUGUUGGUGGGGUCGCCCAACGUCACCUGCCAAGCCAACGGGAGGUGGUCGGAUAACCAUCCGGAGUGUAAACCGAGGGCGUGCAAAGAGCUGCCGCACGUACACGGAAGCCAGAAGGAAGGCGAUGGCGGCACAGUUGGGAAUACCGUUCACUUCAAGUGCAACGAGGGUUUCAGACUGGAGGGCGAGAGCACGCUCACCUGCCUUGAGACUAAGGAGUGGUCGUCACCGCCUCCUGCGUGCUCCCCGUUCUGCGGAAAACCACCUCCACAGCGCCACGCGCAGCUUGCCACAGCUUACGAUCGCAGGGGACUCUACCGCGUAGAUCAGUACGCCUACUUCUACUGCGAUGAGUACUACAGGUCUCCCUCACUUGGCUUUUACCUGACCUGCAAGCAAGAGGGUGAGCGAACGACUUGGGACACGGACCACCGGCGGUGCAACCGUGAGGAAUGCGAGCGCCCUGAUAAGAUUCCCAACGGGAAUUGGGAGGGAAACGUCACCAUUGGCAGCAGCAUCACCUACUCGUGCGACGAGCAUUUCAGACUGGGGGGCGAGAGCACGCUCACCUGCCUUGAGACUAAAGAGUGGUCGUCACCGCCUCCUGUGUGCGACCCGUUCUGCGGAAAACCACCUCCACAGCGCCACGCGCAGCUUGCCGCAGCUUACGAUCGCAGGGGACUCUACCGCGUAGAUCAGUAUGCCUACUUCUACUGCGAUGAGUACUACAGGUCUCCCUCGCUUGGCUUUUACCUGACCUGCAAGCAAGAGGGUGGCCGAACGACUUGGGACACGGACCACCGGCGGUGCAACCGUGAGGAAUGCGAGCGCCCUGAUGAGAUUCCCAACGGGAAGUGGGAGGGAAACGCCACCACUGGCAGCAGCAUCACCUACUCGUGCGACGAGCACUUCACGCUGCAGGGCAACAGAACUCUGGUCUGCCUCCACAAUAAACGGUGGUCGUCAUCGCCCCCCGCAUGUAAACCGUUCUGCGGCAAGCCACCUCCACAGCCUCACGCGAAGCUUUCUUCAGCGUAUGCCCACAAACAGCAGUACUUGGAAAACCAGACAGUCUACUUUGACUGCGACGAGGACUACAAGUCUCCGUCAGAUGGGUUUGACUUGUACUGCAGAAGAAAGGGUGACCUGACGGCUUGGGACACGGACCACAAGCGGUGCAACCGUGAGGAAUGCGAGCGCCCUGAUGAGAUUCCCAACGGGAAGUGGGAGGGAAACGUCACCACUGGCAGCAGCAUCACCUACUCGUGCGACGAGCACUUCACGCUGCAGGGCAACAGAACUCUGGUCUGUCUCUACAAUAAACGGUGGUUAUCAUCGCCCCCCGCAUGUAAACCGUUCUGCGGCAAGCCACCUCCACAGCCUCACGCGAAGCUUUCUUCAGCGUAUGCCCACAAACAGCAGUACUUGGAAAACCAGACAGUCUACUUUGACUGCGACGAGGACUACAAGUCUCCGUCAGAUGGGUUUGACUUGUACUGCAGAAGAAAGGGUGACCUGACGGCUUGGGACACGGACCACAAGCGGUGCAACCCAUCCACGUGCGGCACGCCUCCUGACCAACCUCACGCGAAGGUGAAGAUUCCCACCGGGCAUGUCCGCGGCCGCCGAUACGACGUCCAUGAGUACGUCUAUGUCGACUGCGACGAUCGCUUCAAGAGCCUCGCCCACGGAUACUACAUGUUCUGUAAAAAGGACGGCAGCGGCGCAGCCGGGUGGGUCGUGGACAGUUUCCUCGGGUGCACACCCGAGCUGUGUUAUGCGCCCGGGGAAGUUGAGCACGGGUUCUGGACCGGAAACAUCACUGUCGGGAGCUCCAUCGAGUUCUCGUGUCAAAAAACACUUCACCUUGCGCGGAGCCAGCAGGCUGACCUGUGAUUCAACCACGAAGAAAUGGUCAUCGACAGCUCCGCGCUGCGAGCAGACCGCCAACGCAACGCAGAGUAGCAACCACGGCGUGGGUGAGACACCUCGCCAAGGCGGCCCCGCUGGAGGCCCAACUCAGAAUACGUCGUCGCCAACGCACGAGGCCAGCAGCACGGCGCAGGUUCAUCUUCCCUGGGGUAAAACUGUGUCACCCAAUCAACCCAGGCCAACCAAUCAAUCCUUGCCAUCCAAUCAACCCAGGCCAGCCAAUCAACCCAUGCCAGCCAAUCAAUCCUUGACAUCCAAUUAACCCAGGCCAGCCAAUCAACCCAUGCCAGCCAAUCAACCCAGGCCAGCCAAUCAACCCAUAUCACCCAAUCAACCCUGGACAGCCAAUCAAUCCUUGCCACCCAAUCAACCCAUGCCAGCCAAUCAACCCAGGUCAGCCAAUCAACCCAUGCCACCCAAUCAACACAGGCCAGCCAAUCAACCCAUGCCAGCCAAUCAACCCAGGCCAGCCAAUCAACCCAUGUCACCCAAUCAACCCAGGCCAGCCAAUCAACCCAUGCCACCCAAUCAACCCAUGCCACCCAAUCAACCCAGGCCAGCCAAUCAACCCAUGCCACCCAAUCAACCCAUGCCACCCAAUCAACCCAGGCCAGCCAAUCAACCCAUGCCACCCAAUCAACCCAUGCCACCCAAUCAACCCAGGCCAGCCAAUCAACCCAUGCCACCCAUUCGACCCUCGCCACCCAAUCAACCCAGGCUACCCAAGCAGGUCCACGAGGAAGCAGGCCCAGACAUUUAACGUCUUUUGUCGCCGUCUCGGUCCAGAGGGAACUGCAAACCUCAGACGCACAGCGGCAGUGCGCGGACGAUGGACGCGGCUCCUUUCCCCGUUGUCGGGGCGUUGCAUUUAAACUUCCGCGAUUAACUCGACGUUCCCCACGUUGGUGAUUGCCUGAAACGUUCUAACGGUGUUUAACACGCCGCGCAGUCGCACGCGGGAAGCAAAAGUGUCCGUCGUGUGAAGGCAGUGCGUCAAUAAAUGAAGUGCGCAACCUCUGCUCGGAUUGACAAUUGUCGGCGCAGGUGGCUUCUGCUGAACUGAUUUAAAUGUGAAUUGGUAAUCCAGACCCAGUUACAGGCGGAUAAACGGAAGCUGCGAUGCUUUUGUUUUACCGUAGCUGGCCUGUAACAUUGCAGGGUUCAAGUUUAAUUUUCUUUAGCCCAUGAAAGAGUCCGGGAAAGAGUCUCAUUUGCAAGAGGAGACCUGGGUCACAAAAAAAACGACAAAGAGCAACAACAUAAAAAAACAGAGUACACCUGCGGAGGGAGCGUGCCAAGCGUGGCGUCGCCACCCACGACACUCGCUGGCGAGGAUAACGGGCGCGCGUUACUUAUAGCGGGUGGACCGGCGGUGGCGUCUGAAGCGGUUUAAACGUCGCGCUGAUGCUGGGGGAAAGCGACGGAAGAAAUUUAAAGGGACCCUAAAAGUGACACAAAAUCAGCAGACGGCAGAAGGAUGCGACAGCGUGUUUGAUGAGGGAGCGCACACUGAUU